GCAUAAGCCAGCAGUAAACGGCGGUUCGUCGACGGAGAAGGUUUCGCUGCAGGUGCGCAAACGCGUGACUUCGAACACGCACGGAAACAAUCGCGACGGUUCCGACGAUUUUCCGAUUUGUUGAAAUUUCUCGACGAUGCUGGCUAGCGGGUCUUGAACCGGGUCCGGUGUUUUUUUUUGUGUUUACGUGUCGUGUACCGUUGCCGCAGGAAUCCGCAUACAGAUAGACAGCAACAUGCUUCAACAGAUCCUCAGGGACAUGUACGUGGAUCCGGAGAUCCUGGCGGAGCUUGACGAGCAGCAGAAGCAGACGCUGUUCUGCAAGAUGCGCGAGGAGCAGGUGCGCAGGUGGCAGGAAUGGAACCAAAAACUAGGCGACCAACAGCCCAGGAUCGUUUCCGGCAAGAAGAAGAACGUGAGUUUCCUCAAAGGCGCGGACGGCGAACCUUGGGUGUGGGUGAUGGGGGAGCACCGAGACGACAAAUCGAUCGAGCAAAUCCUUCAAGAGGAGGCGAUAGAAAAAGCUAGAAAAAUCGCCGAGAAGGAAGCGGAACAGAUGAGGAAACAGAUGGAGGCCCAGCUUUCCGAGUACAUCGAUCUCACUCCGAAGAUAGAAGACUUGUCUCAUCAUCGACGCAUCGAAGAUGACAUGGACAUCUAUUGUUCGGUGGACGAGCUCAGGGAGAAGAUGAACGCGACGCCCAACUACACGCUGAACCACUACCAGAACAAGAACAAGUUCAAUUUCGUGGACGCUAGGGAGGUGCUGCAGGAAAUAUCGAUGAAUACCCACCAGAAGGUUGCUCAGCGGGUGGCUUUGUGGGAGAAAAGACUGACCGAGGAGAGGACGAGCGAGAUCUUCCGCAAUCUGCAAAAGAAGCACCAGCAGGUGGCCCGAGAGGCAGAAGAAGAGGAGAAGAACAAGGAGCAGCUUUGGAGGGAGCAAGAGCGGAAAGCUAAACAGGCGGAGCAACAAAUACGGGAGAUAGCGAGGAGAGCAAGAGCCGAGCACAGAAUGACGUCCAGUAUGGAAAUCGAUACCAAUUACGGUACGGUGAACGCAGGGGUACCACCAGGUCGCCAAGCGGUACUGGAAUGGUACCGAGCAAGGGAGAAAAACAGAGGCGCCGGUUUGGAUGACGCGAACAACAUCGAGCCCUGGUUCCACGGUCUGAUUACGCGGCAACAGGCGGAAAAGCUGCUACUGGACCAGCCCUACGGCACGUAUCUUGUAAGGCUCUCUGAAAGGGUGUGGGGUUACGCCAUUUCUUAUCGAGCCAGAGAAAAGUGCAAGCACUACCUGGUCAACGCGACCCAGAAAUAUAGCUUCUUAGGGAAUAAUCAGAUGGAACAUGAUUCUUUAGGUGAUCUCAUAAAGUACCACCACUCGCAGCCACUCACGGGUGGAGAAACAUUGGCGCACCCCUGUCCGAGGACGUCGACGGCGGCGAUAGACGAGCUUUUCGGGGAUAAUUAACACCCCUCGUCCACGGGCCUGUGAUUUUAUACCGAUUUAUUGUAGUUUAAAUUAAAUACAUAUCGCAUUUUUUAUACAUAGGAUAUAUAUGCGUUUGUGUGGUACUGCUGUUAUUAUUCGGUCAGUCAGAGGUCCAUGCCGUGAGGCCACUCUGGACCCCCGAGUUAUAAGACUAUAUUUUUGCAUGUCUCGCAUUAACCGGAUUCUCUAGAAUGUGCCUAAGUGUAUUUUUAUAUAGUUUGUAACUUUGCGCAAUAAAUAUUUUUGGUUCGGGUUCCGUUGUCAGGGACACAACAUUUUCUAAAAAGAAAAACAUGACUCUUAGAAUGAACAUGAUAGUAAAAAACUUUUUGGAAAUUGGUUAAUCCAUUAGUAACUGACAUGAGUUUUCAGUUUUUAAUCUAUUCUCGAUAAUUUCUGAACAGGUGGCUUUUUUAAACUUUUGUGUCCCAUAAACUCACCCUCGCCAAG